ACGUCACUUCCGCUGCUGGGUUGACAGCAACACAACAGACGCUUGAUCCGUUUACAGACGAUACGAUACAAAAGGUCUUUAAAUCACCUCCGCAGUUCCCAGAAUGAAGGUCCUGGCCUCAGAACAGGAAGUGGAGGAGGAGAGCAGCCCGACUGCCAACAACCACCACUGCGGGGAGGACAGGGGUGAGGAGAGGAGCCCCGCGGAGCUCCAGGAAGACUCGCAGCAAGACACAGACAAAGACCACCCCCGACCAGAGGGAGGCGUCAUGUGGCGGAUGGGCGGCGGCUUGUUCAGCAUGACCAGGAACGUGGUCGGCGCUACCAUCGGCGGCGUCGCUUGGGUCGGAAGCAAGAGCUUCGAACUGACAAAGACGGCGGUGACCACCGUGCCUGUCGCCGGGGUGGGCCUGGUGAAAGGGAGCGUCUCCAUGGUGACCGGUGGCGUCGGUGCCGUGGGGUCGGCCGUGGCGAGUAAAGUCAUGACGAAGAAGAAGGACAAAGCCGACUGAGGUGUCGGGUGCGAGUGUGUACAUAGCCUGAACGGGGAGGAGUGGUAGCUUUUGAAAAGUAGAGUCUCUCGCCGCUGCGAGUGGAACGCUACACGGACUGACGACAAGUCAGUGAGCACCGAGUCGUUGCUCUCCAGGCUUCCUUUCUCAAUAUUCAUUUAAAUGUUUCAGAAAAGCACUGCAGCUGCGUUCAUGGCCGUCGCGUUCUCUCAACUGACCUCCGACUCCAAUGGAACGCUCCUCUGAUGAAAACAUCAUUCCGUUACAGUUCUGAUGCGUUCCCUUUGUAAAUCAACUGGGUUCUACUGUUGGCAUAGCAACGACUCACUGCUCUGGGACGCGACCAGUGCAGCAAGAAAAAGUGGAGCCUGGGAUGAAGAAGGAAGAAAUGGAAACGUCAUGACGCUCAGUCGCCAGAAGAGGGAGGCAGCAGCCCUAACACCCAUCCAUGAAAAGUCUGUAUCAUAAAAUUAU